AUGCCUUGGCGUCUACCUACAUAUGUAUGGUACAUGUAUGCACAUACUAGUGGAUACACGUAUGGUGGCGUCCUGCAACGUGGUACCGAGCGCGUGGCAAAGCAAAAAUGCCUCGGCGGUGCAAAGGCCUGGCCCGCCUUGGCGCGCGCGCGGGUGGCACCACUUUCACAUUUUAGCCUACCUAGCAUUUCGCCUGUUAUAUGCCGUUCAAUUAAGUUUCGCUUCAAUGAUGAGUCUCAGAUGUACAAUAUCCUCAAAGUCGUAACGCUGGUCAGUGACGCGUCCCACGAAAAGUCACCGUUGAGCGCCGCUAUACGUCUGCUGAAGUCCCUAGGAAAUGGAGGCGGCAUUCGAGGACUGUCGGAGCUCUUGAUCCUAAACGAGAUUAUGAGUAGACUCAAGUCGCGUUUCGACUCCAAGGAGGACCUCCUGCCAGCGGACGUGUUCCACAUGAUUGGGGGGACCAGUACAGGUGGCCUGGUAGCUCUGCUUCUUGGGCGGCUACGCCUCACGGUCCCGGAAGCAAUCGCCCACUACACCAGCCUCGCCGAAACCAUCUUCACCGCACGGAAGCCAUUCUGGAAGGACGGGAGGUUCAAAGCGUCAGCACUAGAAGACUCCAUAAAGCGUGUCGUUGAACAAACACUUGGAAACGCCAACGAGAAAAUGGACGCUGGCAAUGGUCUAAGAACUAGGUGCAAAACCUUUGUAUGUGCGGUAGACACCAAGUGCGUCAACAAAGUUCCAACAUUAUUCCGGAGUUGGGCGCCGAAAAAGGACGCAAGUCACAACUGCGCUAUCUGGCAGGCAGCGAGAGCAACAACAGCAGCACCGCCACUGUUCAAGCAAAUCGUCAUCGGCGAGCCGACCGGGACCAAGGCGUACGUUGAUGGCGCGCUGGGGUGCAACAACCCCAUCCGUUGCGUCAUUUCUGAGGCCGUCACUGAGUUUGGGGUUGACCGCUUGGUUGGCUGUAUCUUGAGCAUCGGAACUGGCCUGCAUCGUGCCUCCGCCCUCCCCAGACCGAUAGGGUACGAGCGGGUUGUUCCGGUGGCACUGAUGAAGGUCGUGGGACGUCUGGUGACGGAUGGGGAAGAGGAGGCGGGGAGAAUGGAGGCCCAGUUUGCGCAUUCCCAGUUGUCACCAGCCUUUGGGGGAGUGAUGUGGAUAGACGGCUCUUCAACUGCAACCAUCAAGCAAAGCUUCUUGCAGGCUGUGAGGCACAUGCUGCCGGAAAUUGGGAAGAAUGACAAUCUAGAGCCAGACCUGGCAGUCUGUUCAGUGCUUGAGGAGAUUGCAAGGUCUGAUAUGCCCUGGUUGGUUGUGUUUGACAACGUCGACGAUCCCCGCGCAUGUGAUGGCAUUGAACGAUUUCUCCCCAGCUGCGGUCGCGGGCUGGUUAUCAUCACCAGUCGUACAGCAUCAGCGAGACCGAUGGGGUUGCCGGUCGAGAUUGGCAGCAUGCAGGAAGACGAGGCUUUGGACCUUCUCCGUACGAUAGUCUCCCAUCCUCAUUUGGAGCAGGAUCAUGAUGAGCAGGCUAGACGUGUCAUCAUGUCCUCCAUACCCUCCGUAUGGCGAUACCGGCGGGAUGCCAAAAUUUCAAAUGAAGCCCGGGGUGAUGACCAUGAUGGCAGCGGUCAUGUGGAGAGCACGGAGCUGAGCAUCGCAACGACAUGGGAGCUCUCUUUGAAGGGGCUGUCCGGUGACGCAUCGAUGAUACACUCCAAGACACAGCUCCUCAUCACGAGCGCGUUCCUUGGUGGGGCCAGCAUUCCUGAGAGUCUGUUCAAAGCCUUUCUCAGCUCACCCACCGAGCGUACGCUCCCUGAUUGGAUGACUCCAUUUGUUCAAAAAGGCUCAGGGCGCGGCCUCGACACCGAUGCUUUUCGCGAGGCUAUAGCCGAGAUGGGAGGCUUGUAUCUCCUACAAACCUUCCACUUAGAUACUGACGGCAUGGUUUGGCAACUACAUCCAGUUGUACGGGACUGGGCACAGAUUCGGAACCCCGCAGAAGAUUGUCGAGCCUUCUCGAAACUGGUCAUCGACGUUAUUCAUGAAUCGCUCAGUCACUACGGUCCGGGGUGGCCAUUACUCGUGGAAUCACGCGGUCCUGCGGGCCGACACGUUCACCUCAGACCGCAUGUUGAGGCAUGCUUCAACAAUUAUAACCAAGAGUUCGCAGACCCAUCUCAACCGCUGGGGUCCCGGGAGACGGCAGCAGGUGGACUGAGAAUCGCAAACUUUUUCUGUGCCGACGGUCAAUACGCCUUCUCCGAGAAAAUCCUCCGGACAAUGGUAGAUUCUAGUCCACCGGACAGCCCUGAUCGCAGAGUAGCCCUUCGACAACUCGCCCACACACUGAGGUCAAAGCGAGACUUGCUUGAAGCCGCCAAACUCCAGGAAGAAGCAAUCAAGGGCCUCAUUCCCGGAAUGGAAGACCUUGACGGAGCCUUGCAGCUGGCAGAACUUGCCUCGACGUAUCGAAGCAUGUCCAAAAAGCCAAAGCUCUGUCCCGAUCCAACGGGGAUGCUCGCUCGAUCGUUGCAACUAGCAGAGCAAAGUGUUACAGCCGUCGCCCGACUACAAGGAGACAACAGCCCCGAAGCAGCGUUAGCAAAGGAGAUCCUCGCGCUGACGGAGUGGCGCGUGGGAAAUGUGGAGAAAGCCCUGAAGCUUGGGGAAGAAGUCUUCCGGAUACAGAGAGAGGCCCUGGGGCUCCAAUCGCCACAUACCCUAGAGGCGAUGGAAAACGUUGGUUUCUAUCUCAUGGCGUUCAAGUCCUAUAACAAGGCUCGCGGGUAUUAUGAAAAGGCACUGGAGACCAAAAGGCAUCUGUAUGGGCCCGUACACCCUGCGACGAUGUACUCGGAAAGAAGGAUCGCGCGAUGCUGGAGGAUGGUGGGAGAUCUGAGUCAGGCAAGGAGUAUAAACGAGGAUGUUUUGAAGAGGGCAUUGCAAGCGUAUGGGAAGAAUCAUUACGAUACGAAGGAGGCGGCUCUAGGUCUUUGGAUGACUGUGAUUGCGGAGGGGUUGACCAAAGAUGCGGAGGUUCUCGAGGGUGAAUAUAACUUGGAGUUGGAUGCCGAAUGCCUAGAAUGGCGGUCUGAGGUUUUGCAGCCGAAAGCCAGCUGUGCGAGGAAAAGAAAAAGGAUGACCCAGAUCCACAUGAGGAACUGGGAUCUUUGUACUGCAAGUCGGAAGGCGUUUGGUUGGGUCUGUCAGCAUGGCCAAAAGUGA